CUCAUCGUUCUCCUCCCCUCCCUCCAGGACUUCAUCCUUCUCCACCCCGUCACCUCUCCUCCUUCCAGUACUCAUCCACCCCUUCCCUGUCCUCUUUCUCCGCCCUCCCUCUUUAGUUUACCUCCCACACGUUUCCACCUCCUCUUCCUCCCUGAACCUCCCCUCCUCCUUCAUGAAUCCCACAAUAUCCUUCACCUCAACCCUUCCUAUCGUCACCAUCCUGCCUUCCUCUUCCAUCCCGCUCUUUCCUUCCUUUCCUCUUCCCGUCUCCAUCCCUCCCACCUUUCUCUCAGUACCCUCCAUCUCUCCCUCCCACCCUCUUCCCCCUCCCUCCUCGCCCAGCCGCGCACAUUCCACGCCCUCCCUCUCUCUUUCUCCGCGCUGACCCGACAGUUGACGUUUUGGGGAAGUUUGAUAAUUUGGUGACGCUCCCUUCCGCUGCCCACGCGGAAACGGAGCGGUGGGGGCAGAAGGGCCGAGCGGCGGCGGUGGCAGCGGCAGGCGAAGGAACCGUGCCGGGAGCCGAGCCCUCCAGAUCUCGGCACAUAACGGGAAUCCCGCUCGUGUUCUCCCUCCAGCUGAAUCACUGCCAUCCUGACACAUCGUGUGGUCGCAGAAGGCAGAGGGAACAAUGGAAGUGACUGGAGAGUCCAAGGAGACAGUGACAGGGGCAGGGGACGAGGAGAUGGAUGGAAAUUCGCCACGGGUGAAUGGGGGCGUGAAUGAGAACCAGACUCUCAUGAAGAGAAAUGAGAUGGAGGAGGAGGAGGAGGAGGAGGAGGAGGAGGAGGAGGAGAGAAUAUACCACUCCUGGGGGAACAAGAAGAGUUUUUUCUGGCUAUCGAUCUUCAGUGUGAUCUUCGGGUGUUCCUGUGUUGGCAUCUACGCACUCAUCAGUGCCGUAAGGGCAACAGAGCGGGAGGACCGAGGCGACGUGGAGGCAGCGAGGAAGUGGCAGCGGCGGGCGGUGAAGUUCAGCCUCCUGAGUUUCCUGGUGCUGGUGGCCAGCGUGGUGCUGGGUCUGCUGUUCCUUGUCCUCGUGUCCUACCUGGUGCGGCUAGCAGAGUAAGGUGGAGAGCUGAGCGAGCCCGGUCCCGAGCAGGAUAGCAACCACCCGUCACCCUGCUCUGCCCUCUGGGGCAGGAACACCUGCUUCCAAGACUGAACCCAGCAUUAUGGCAUGACUGCUACUCUGAGCCCCACCUCCCACUGGCACUGUCUGACUGACUGCAUCCGCUGGAUUAGUGCCAAUUAGUGCCAUUGACAUUGUUACUGGGAACUGGGGGAAACUGUUACUGGUGGGGUUCGGGGGGGGGUUGAUUAUUUAUACUUAACUUAUAUCUCACUGCUUAACAAUGAAAGAUUAACUGAAAUAAACAAUUUUGGCAAAUGUGGUGUGGUGUGGAGCAGACAGGGUGUGGGGUCGAGAGAGACCCGAGGGGGAAGAGGGGGAAGAGGGCUGUGAACGCUGAAGAGUUGUUAGGAGGAGGGAGGUUAGACUGUUAACUGGC